CUGCCAGCGCCGGACGGAGUCGGCGGCCGGGCGGAGGACGGGCAGGCCGACCCUCGGACGCAGCCCCGGGCCGAGCCGCGGGCUUCCUGGCGAGGCGGGGCGGCCGCGAGCCCGGGCGGGAAGAUGUUCAACGUGGAGUCCCUGGAGCGGGUGGAGCUGUGCGAGAGCCUCCUCACUUGGAUCCAGACAUUUAAUGUGGAUGCACCAUGCCAGACCGUGGAAGAUUUAACGAAUGGGGUUGUGAUGGCCCAGGUUCUCCAAAAGAUAGAUCCUGCAUAUUUUGAUGAAAAUUGGCUAAACAGAAUCAAAACUGAAGUAGGAGAUAAUUGGAGGCUAAAGAUAAGCAAUUUAAAGAAAAUUUUGAAAGGAAUCCUGGAUUACAAUCAUGAGAUUUUAGGGCAGCAAAUUAAUGACUUCACCCUCCCUGACGUGAACCUAAUUGGGGAGCAUUCGGAUGCCGCCGAGCUGGGAAGGAUGCUCCAGCUCAUCUUGGGCUGUGCUGUGAACUGUGAGCAGAAGCAAGAGUACAUCCAAGCCAUCAUGAUGAUGGAGGAAUCUGUCCAACACGUUGUCAUGACAGCCAUCCAGGAGCUGAUGAGUAAAGAGUCUCCUGUCUCUGCUGGGAAUGAUGCCUAUGUGGACCUUGAUCGCCAGCUGAAGAAAACUUCAGAGGAACUGAAUGAAGCUUUGUCGGCCAAGGAAGAAAUUGCUCAAAGGUGCCAUGAGUUGGAUCUGCAGGUUGCAGCAUUGCAAGAGGAGAAAAGUAGUCUGUUGGCAGAGAAUCAGGUAUUAAUGGAAAGGCUGAAUCAGUCUGAUUCUAUAGAAGAUCCUAACAGUCCAGCAGGAAGAAGGCACCUGCAGCUCCAGACUCAGUUAGAACAGCUCCAAGAAGAAACAUUCAGACUUGAAGCAGCCAAAGAUGACUAUCGAAUACGCUGUGAAGAGUUACAAAAGGAGAUGUCUGAACUUCGGCAGCAGAACGAUGAACUGACCACUUUGGCAGAUGAUGCUCAGUCUCUGAAAGACGAAAUAGACGUUCUUAGACAUUCUUCUGAUAAAGUGUCUAAACUAGAAGGCCAAGUGGAAUCAUAUAAAAAGAAGCUAGAAGAUCUUGGGGAUUUGAGGCGGCAGGUUAAACUCUUAGAAGAGAAGAAUACUAUGUAUAUGCAGAACACAGUUAGCCUAGAGGAGGAGCUGAGAAAAGCCAACGCGGCUCGAAGUCAACUCGAGACGUAUAAGAGACAGGUAGUAGAACUGCAAAAUAGAUUAUCUGAAGAAUCGAAGAAAGCAGAUAAAUUAGAUUUUGAAUAUAAGCGGCUAAAAGAAAAAGUUGACAGUCUUCAAAAAGAAAAGGAUAGGUUAAGAACAGAAAGGGAUUCUCUGAAGGAAACCAUCGAAGAGCUUCGUUGUGUUCAGGCUCAAGAAGGGCAGCUCACAACUCAAGGGUUAAUGCCUCUGGGAAGUCAGGAAUCUUCAGAUAGUCUGGCAGCAGAGAUCGUCACACCUGAAAUCAGGGAGAAACUUAUUCGUCUUCAGCAUGAGAAUAAGAUGUUAAAAAUUAACCAAGAGGGUUCAGACAAUGAAAAAAUCGCCUUAUUGCAGAGCCUUCUAGAUGAUGCCAGCCUACGCAAGAAUGAACUGGAGACAGAGAACAGGCUGGUGAAUCAAAGACUUCUGGAAAUACAGUCACAAGUCGAAGAAUUGCAAAAAUCUUUACAGGAUCAAGGCUCAAAGGCAGAAGAUUCAGUUCUUCUAAAAAAGAAGCUUGAAGAACAUCUAGAGAAGCUGCAUGAGGCCAAUAAUGAGCUGCAGAAGAAGAGAGCCAUCAUCGAGGACCUUGAGCCGAGAUUUAACAACAGCUCCUUAAAAAUUGAAGAAUUACAAGAAGCUUUACGGAAGAAAGAAGAGGAAAUGAAGCAAAUGGAAGAAAGAUAUAAAAAGUACUUAGAGAAAGCCAAAAGUGUUAUCCGUACUUUAGAUCCUAAACAAAAUCAAGGAGCAGCACCAGAAAUACAAGCUCUUAAAAAUCAGCUCCACGAACGGGAUCGGCAGUUCCAUUCAUUGGAGAAAGAAUAUGAGAAAACAAAGAGUCAAAGAGAGAUGGAGGAGAAAUAUAUUGUUAGUGCCUGGUACAAUAUGGGAAUGACUCUGCAUAAAAAGGCGGCAGAAGACAGACUUGCUAGUACAGGUUCGGGGCAGUCAUUCCUGGCGAGGCAGAGACAAGCCACCAGCACGAGAAGGUCUUACCCGGGCCACGUCCAGCCAGCCACAGCAAGGUAGACAAGUCCUGCCAUUAGAAUAAAAAACACCCCGCAUUCAAAGCAUACUUCUGUUACAUAUAACAUUUCAGGAAAUUCAGCCAGCUUAUAUUUUGUCUGUAUUUCAUGUUACUAUUUAGUUGUUUCUCAUUUGAGGACUUUCUCUCUUCUGUAUCUAUAAUGUUUUAGUUUCUUGGUCCUUUAUUUUGUAGUCCUUUUGGUUCCUUUUAAUGUGCCAAAAAAUUUUUAAAUGCCCAAUUAAAAGUGUUGUAUAUUAGUGUAGUACUUUUCUUUGUAUGAAAAUGUCCUUUCCCCGAUGGUGUAGGCUUUGUAAUGAAUUAGGUUUUCUGCCAAUAAUUGAUAUACAAUUUAUAUUCUUUAUUGUGCCUCUGUGUUACCAUGCUUUCUAAGAAUGUCUUUGUUUAAAGGGAAUUAAUCUUUUUGUGAUGUAUUAAUCUGUGUUUUCAAUUGUUUUCCAAAUGCACUUCAAAUAACUUGCAUACUUACUAUGUAAAAUGGUUGGCAAGUGCACUUUUUGCAAAGACAUAAAUACAUUGGCAGAGGUGCUAAUCAGAUCUUACUUAAGGCACCUGAUAGAACUAUUUAGAGGGAAGAACUGAGUCUUCACAUUGUUUUAUAGGAAAUUAAAUUUGUCCAAAGAUUUGGAAACUAUUUUUAAAACAUAAAUAGAAUUUCAUUAUUUCCUACUAUCUUAUUUGCUGGCAGAAGUGAAUGCACUGGUUAGGUUACUUGGGGAAAACUUACAGAAGAAAAAAAAUCAGGCAGUGUGUUCAUUUUUUUUCUUUUUUUGGAAUAUCACAGUAACUGAGAAUCAAAUUCUAGCAAUGGGCUGACAUUUCGUUGCAACUGCCCUCCACAUAUAAAAGUAUAUAAAAGAUGUAUUUUCUAUAUACUUAUGAGUCAUAGGUGGCCUUACCUUUGGGGUAAUUUCCUUGUUGACUUGCACCUCAUUUGUCUUACUUAUUCCUUAACAUAAAACCUUCUAUUUCUCAAUAAUUCCUAAUACUUAACAUCUUAGUAUCAGUCGUUAGGAUCAAUAAGUGACUUCUUGUGUCUGAUGUUAUGACAGGUGGCUGUCAUAUUUUUUCUUAAUUCUAUGUACUAGUCUAAGAGUUUGCUACUGAGUAGAUUCUCUUGGGUAUUUGGUUGCCCCAAAGUGCUUACAUUUGUUGACAGAUUAUAAACUAUGUUUAUUUACAUUAAUGAAUGGCUGUCAAGUAAUAAUGAUUGUAAAGCACUUUGACUAUAUAAGGUGCUAUAUAAAUGCAAAAUGUCAUUCAUUUGAACAUGAAAUGUCUCUGCCUAACUUUCCAUAUUGGCCCCAAAUUAUAUUUAAGUUCCCCUCCAGCCUUUUUCUUGCACCAUAGCCCAUAGCCCAGUAAAGCAAAAAUUUACUGAAAUUAGGUCGAUUAUUUGUUUGUUUUCGGUUUUGGAUAGGUCACCUAUUAAGAAGAUUUUAUUUCAUAUACGUGCUAUUUAGAAGUUCAGGUUUCAUUUAGUUUUGUGUAUUAAAUACAAAUGAGUAACUUUAAAUCAAGCUAAACAUAAUCAAGAAUUUUCAGAAACUAUAUUCCAGUGUUUGAUUUUAAAUCCUUAUUUCCUUUUUUUAUAAGAAAUUGACCUAAAGACUAUUUUAGGUGUUUUCAUUUGUCCUCAGAAACCGUACUUGAAGAAAGGUAUUAGAAUAUACACAGAAAUUACUCCAUGCAUUGUGCUAAUUUUUUACAUUAAGUACAGAAGUCUGAGCUCAGUGUGAGUGCUUCUGCCUGGUAAGAAGAAAAGCAGGAAGACUUAGUAGUAAUGGAGAGAACCAGCGAGUGGAAUGCAUCGUGGGGUUUCAGGAGGGCAAGCAGACCUAAUCAACACAGAAAGUUUUGACAGUGAAAGAUUAAAAAUGAUUUAAGAUGGGUAACCCUCCCCCACCUCCACCCCUCCCCGUCCCUUUAUUUCACAAAUCAGAGUAAGGAUCCAACAGUUUUAAAACAGGGCAUGAACACUCACCUUGGUAAAAUUAAAAUUAUUGGGAAAUAUACCUGCAAAAUAAGAUAGAUGAAAAUCAGAGUCCAUGAGCUGUUUGUUUAAUGGAUUAUAUCCCAUGAGAGGAGAGGUUUUAAUUUUAGUUCUCUAUUUACUGUCCCAGUCCUGGUCUCCUACCCAACCCCCUGCUCAGAUAUGUUUCUCUAAAUGGGAGAGGAAAGUGCCAAGCUUUUAGAAGGAAGUUUUCCGUCUUAUUUUUCUUCAGCAUGCCAUUAUUUUGGUGCUUACGUUCAUAAGUUUCACUCACCUUUACAGUAUCUUUAAAUUUUAGUAUAUUGCUUUCGUUCCAUAACAGAAACUUUAUUUCUAAACAUUCUGUGAUGUUUUUUUAAAAAUCAGGAAUAGAACUUUGCUGUCCCAGUGAGAACCCCGUUUCCUUUGCUCAGCUUUGGACAGGAUUUUUAAAUUUCUCUUUCUCUGGCGAUGACGCUGGGCACACUGUGGAGUCAGCACAGAGUUACUGUGCUAAGGUUGGGUUGAGCCAUCACCCCCUGUCUGAGUUCUUGUGAACAAAAAGCUUAUUUUCUGUUUUCCCUCUAACCAGGGUGAGAAGAUACAGAGUUAAUAACUAAAGACUACAAAAGCAUGAAAUUUAUAUUCUGCAGUGUGUAUUUAAGAAGUUUGUAAUGGGGAAAAAAAAAUCCAGCAAAUAUUAUAGUUUACCGCAUCUUAAAAAUAGAGUAAAUAAUACUGCUGAACAUAUCUUGAAAAAACUUGCAAAAACCCAAUAAUACCUUUUUUAGUAUUUGUCUGAUUAUUUCAUAAUAACCAAGAAAAAGAAGUCCCCAAACAAAGGCUCCAUUUUCUAAAAUUGAUCAGCAUUGAAUUAUUUCUGUUUGAUGGCCCAGCCUGGUAAAAUUGGCUAACGAGAUGAUUCAUUAUAAUAAGGAUAAUACUGUCCGCUGUUAUUUUGUUAUGGUCCUACUGCUUUGUCUGUAUGAUAAAAGCUCAGCUGUACAAACUUGAGCUAAAUGUUUCCAGUCAGAAACACCAGCCCAUAUAUAUCAGCAGUCUUUAGCAAGGCAUGAAACCUGGUGCCGUGCAAACAAACCAGCAGUAAGUGAUUGUGAGGGGAAGGGGAAUUUAGGUUGAAGAAAAUUUUAUUUUUGAGCUAUUUUACUCACACUUCCUUUUCAACUGCAGUUUUAUUUAUUCAUAUCUAAUGAUAUGAAAUAUUUUGUAGUGUCUCUUGCUCUCCGACAAGCAUUUAUCUUUUAAAGAUAACACCGUGUUGAAAACUUGAAAAUCUUUAUUCUGAUACAAGAAUUUUCUUGAAAUAAAAUUCUAAAUUUUUGAAUUUAUCCUAACUCCCUGUAUUUAAUCUCCAGUGGUCCAGAUCUCAGACUCCAGGAGUGUUACACUUUUUCCUAGUUGGAACACAUGAGGUUUAUCUGAAAAAGCAUCCACAACCCACAGAUAGUGUUCACCUAGUUAGUUUACAGCUACUGGGAUAAGAACCUGUGAUCCUAAAGGGAGAGGAAGGUGCUUGGCAUCUUGCUUUUUGCUAGGGGCAAAAUAACAACAUGCUUCUUGUUGUCUGUUCAUUAAACUAUGGGAGCAUGUUUUGACUUUUUAUCCUUAUAUUAAAGUGACUCUUUGCCUAGAAAUGGCUGUCGAACUGAUGCAGAAUUGUACUCCUUAACGGUGAGUAGGAGUCCUACCCUUUCAGAGUAUGAAGGACUGUACAGAACAAAAUAAGAUGGGAUCUCAGAAUCUUUGAAAAUUAUUUUAGCAUGUUUUUAAAUUUUUCCCUUUUUAUAUGUUAAAAGGGUUUUUCCGUUCAAUAAUGAUAAUCUCUUCUCCUAUAGUCUCAACUGUCAAAAUGGCAGCUUAUUUUAGUAGAUGUGCAACCCAGUUUCACUACAUUUAGAAAGCAGUUUCAGAGCUUAUUCUUUGUAACUAUAAUGAUUCUAAUAUUUUGUAUCAUGAAGUUUUUAUAUGAGGGAGGCCAUUCUCAAUGUAUGUCAUCCAGUUUUUUACUUUGUAUAAAGCAUAUUUAAAUAAUAAUUGGUGUAUGUUUAUUUUAUGGAAAAAUUUGAAAAUAUUUUAGUGUCCAAUUUAAGCAAGAUAAUUUUAUUGUUCUAAAGUUGUGCAAUAAAUACUGUUUCUUUCUCAGAAGCCUAAAAAACAUAAAAUAAUUUGCUACUGACACAGCUAAUUUCGGCCCCUCCCCAUCCCCCUAAAUCAUGGAAGUAUCAAUAUUUAUCUCCCUUUUUAUAAAAUGAAGGACAGCACAAAUAUGAUGACAUCCAUCUCUUUUAAAUCACUGAUUAUGUUCUUGGAAAAUACAUACUGAUGAUUUUGUUUUUAAACAACGUAUCAAUCCAAUUCCCAUGUAUUUAUAAAUAUAAAAACUUUAAAACUUAUAUUUAAUGUUAUCUUGAAGUAUGCUUGAAUUCUUCACACUGCACUUAAAAUGAUAGAGAAAGGGACAUUAGUUUAUUUGAGAAAUAAGAGACCCGAAGCUAACUAUGGCAAGUAUAUGAGUUUUAGCAGUUGUGGUCUAUGGAUGUUUCCUAACAAUUCUAUUUCAGCAAUUACGUCUCCCUUCAGUAUUUUUCUGCUUUCUAACAUUUUCCAGUAAUAUUCUGUGAGAUAGGUUUGUAUGCUGUAUAUAAGUGAAUGUAAAAAUCGGAAAGUAACCAAAGGCUGUCAAGGCAGAUCCAUUCCUAGUGAGUAGAAUCGAUUAUCAGAAAAAGAAGAGGCCUAAUUUUGAACAAAUAUCCAAACAGAUAGAAGUGCUAACACUAUUAAACCUAUACUUGUCUUAACAAAUGUUCCUAAAGUGAUAGUUUACAUAAAAUCUCCUGAUUUUAUUACAUGAUCAUUCAAUAAAAAAGAGUAGACAAAAAGUAAUUUAUAUUCUAAUUGUCCUUCCCUUCAGUGGACAUUAACUGGGCACACAGUAUUAACUGUACAUGUUUAUGAGUAGAGGGGAAAGCAUCUAUUUUCAUUUUGAAACCGUCAACCCAUUACUAAAUCUAAGAUAGUGAUUUAAAGCCAUGAGGAUAGGAUGAUCUGAUGAGAUGGGAAGAAAUCUGUGGUGGCUGAAACUCACUACCAACUUCCUAGCAGUUAUCUAGGUCCGCUGCUGUGUCUGGUUUGCAAACCAUGUCUCCCUUAAUUAUACGUAGUAGCCCCACAGAAAAUUUUGUUUAAAAUGAAGACAAGAGUAGACUUUAUGUGUGUGUGUGUGUGUGUGUGUGUGUGUGUGUGUGUGUGUAUUCAAGGAGAGGCUUUAUAUACCUAAUACAUUACUGCCAGGCUCUGUAUUAGAUGUUUAGGGUCUGCAGAUGAAAUCAUCAGAAAAGGUGUCCGUAGCCUCAAAAUUUAAGGACAAUGGGGCUAUCAAAUAUCCUAAAUUAUAUUGACUCAGAGCUUAAAAGAAUAAUUAAAUAUCACGAGAAGAGCAAUCUCAAAGUGAGAAAAAGAAAAUUACCAAAGCAUGCUGAGGCUUUAAUGUGUGGGGGAGACUUCUGCGCAGGCACCGUUGCCUUAGAGAUCUCUAAAUUGACAAAGGAAAAUAAUUUGAUUAGCACUGAUACUGUAAAACUUAUAAAAGGGACUCAUGUUUAUUCUCGGUGUAUUUGUCAACCUAUGGACUGUGAUUACUGUAUAUACAUUCUAUAGUGUGUUUAUUUUAUAGAUGUCACUAUUAGAGAUGAAUGUCUUAAUAUUAUUUUAUAGAUGUCACCAUUAGAGAUGAAUGUCUUAAUAUUAUUUACUACUUCUACACACUUAUGUAUUAUUUAUACCUUACUGCAAGAUUCACAGCACUUUACUAAUAUUAGAUAAUUAUUUUCCUUCUAUCUUUCUGUGGCAUUUUCUAUGUACAUCUUUUCCACUGGGGUUCUUUUCCUUAUUUUUGAACACUCACUAAGAAAAAUGUAAAAGAUUGCCCAAAUAAAUAGGCUAUGUACUGUUCCUGAAAUGUUUAAAGUCAGAUCUGAAGUUCUAAUUCUAGAACUCUCUUUGAAGCUGGGAUGGGGCUACUAGGCAUGAAUUACAUUUUAUAUUUCACAUUAAUAAGACUCAUAAGUUAGUACUCGUGAAGCCAAGUUCUCUCAAAUGCAGACACACUUAAAACUUUUUGUUGAAAACAAAAGUUGCAUUAAUACAAAGUAAACAGUCUUCUGGUUAAUCAGAAGCUGCUCUUACCUUCCAUUUACCUGUCUCCUAAAAUACAAACCUGCAAACUGUCCUUCACUUUCAUAGUUUCUUCAACAUUGCAUGUACUCAAACACAGGAGAAACAAAGCCAGGUUCCAGGAGCUGUGAAGUCCAAGAAUCUGGAAAAUGGUGGGGGUGAGGUGAUGGGAAAAGGCAGACACUAACAAGGGCAGAGGAUGCUACAAAAAUAGUCUGAGUUCUACUAUAACGUAUGCUUUAUGAACUUGGCCAUUUUCUUAAGUUCAAAUAUAGCAGAGUUUUCAGCUGAUGCUUUUGAGAGAUGCUUCGAGGAGUCAGGACUCUUCCUCUUCUGCUUGAGUAUAUCUGUAUUCCAACCCUAGUCAAAAGAGAGUGAGAUAUUUGUUGUUAUGUAAACACUGACACAGAUGAUUGCUGCCAAAGAAUAGGGAGAUUUGCUCAUAAGGACUUUCUCUUAAAGUUUUUUAUUUUGCGUUUCUGGAUGAGAGAAAUGCUUUUAUGGUGUGAAGAGUUUCUGUAGUGCUUUCUUCGGCAUUACCCCCCGCUCUGCUGGUAUGCUUGCUGUGGGCAGGUCACCUAGAAGAGAGAAGCACAAAUAGAGAAGGCUAGACUCUGACCUUUGAGGGAAGAGCUGCUUUUCUCCUCCCCGAGUAAAACGAUAAAAAUGAAACACAUCUGUACACACACACACACAGUCACACUCACACACAAGGACGAAAUGGUAAGUGGGUAAGUCACCUUCUAAAUGUCUUUAGCAUCCGUUGGCUUCUUGUUAAUCUAGUUAAGAAUAGAUUCUAGACCUGCAUUGUCCAAUCCACUAGCCAGUUCACAGCCACAUGUGCUGAUUUAAAUUAAGUAAAGUGAAGAAUUCAGUUCCCCAAUCCCCCAGCCACAUUUCAAGUGCUCAGAAGCCACCCGUGGAAAGUGUGUUACCAUUUUGGACAGCACAGAUAUAGAACAUUUCCAUCUUUGCAGAAAAUGCUUUUGACAGUGCUGUGGUGCCCAAAGAGAGAAUAAGGACAAAAUAAAGAUAUUCAGUUGACUUAUGAUGCUCUUGGAUUUUACCGGCAUCAUUAAAGAAAGCUAUUUUUCUUAUAAAAAUUAAUACCAGCCCUUUUUAAAGACCCUGGAAAAAUCAAAACCCCAUUCUUUGAAACUAGUUUUCAAUGUAUUUUUUAAACAGAUUCUUAGCACUUUACUUUUUAAGUGAUAUUAUUAAAUAACUUCAUAAAUCAUAACUUAGUAUCUUCAGGUUUUUUCCUUUUUUAAGUAGUCUUUUAAAAUUGAUGAUACAUAGUUUCUAACAUUUAUCCAGCAGAAACUGAUGAAUGCUUAACUUACUUACAAGUAAAAGUUGAUAAACAUCAUAUUCUUCUGUUCUGUUACCUUUAAAUCUUUCUAUUCUGUUACUUUUAAAUCUGUAUAGAUCUAAGGAGAGUUGCCAACAGUUUUGUUGUUUCUGCCCCUAAAAUCACAUUUGAUCAUCUUCUACCUUAAAGGUAUAUCAAGAUCCAAAUAGUUUCUUUGAUUUUCUUCCUAGUUUCUUGCUCUUAAUUACUUAGAUUAUGAAUCAAAUUAAGUUUCAUGUAUGAAGCAAAGAUUUUAUUCCAGUAACUUAAUGAAACAUUUUUUUAAGAUUUAUUAAUUGACUUGGCCUAUUACUUAAGUGCAUAACAUAACUAAAAGGAUCUACACAGAUGCAUCUUUGAAUUUUUUAACGAAUAUAAGAGACUAAUCGUAACUCUUUGGAGUCAGCUUGGUACUUAGUGAAAACUAUCCCGUUAGGAAGUCAUAUGCUUUCCUCUUCGUUUUUAAAUUUUUUAAUCAAGCUGCAGACUUGAUCCAGUAGUAUCAAAUUCCAAGCAACUAUAAUGAAAUUCUUAUUGUUAUUCAAGUACAGAUGAGUAAAUGGUGUGAUGUGAGUUUGUUUUAUUCUUUUCAUGGUGGUCUAAUUUAAUGUGUGUUCUACAAAGACUCAUAUUACUCAUUAAGGGAAAUUUUCAAUAUGCUUGAAAUAAGAAAGAACAUGCUAGUAUAAAUACAGGAAAUGACUGUACACAAAUGCCAAUCAAUCAUUUGGGGGCUUUUCAUUUUUUUAGUAGUAAGCUUUUGGUUUUUUUAAUAGCCUUAGUUAUUUAAAAUUCAGAUGCACUGAAAUGCCAUUGCUGUCACUAGCUGUUUACAGAUUAUGUGUAAUUCAUAAAGCUUUGUACUCAGAAGGAUAAUUUCCAGGUUUACUCUUGUUUUGCAGUUUUCAUGUUUUGACAAUUGCCCCACCAUUUAUAACACCCAAUUUCUGGUUGUGUAAUGAAUGGUAAAAUUCAAACAUAUCUAAUUUAAUAAUUUGCCUUAUUUUGAUUAACAAAUUCUAUCAAAGAUUUGGGGAUAGAAAGAGGCUUUUUUUUCCUAUAGUAUUUUUUAAACUUUUCAGAUGAGCUGGAAAACACCUUAGUACAUUGGAGUUGGAGUUGUACUGGUUACAGUUCCAGCUCUAAAGCCUUAUACUCAUGUCUUAAGUAUUACUGAUUGUUCUGUGAAUUGUUAGUUUGAUAUUUGACAUUGUAGUUAUCCACCUUGCAGUUUAGCCUUUGGAAAAAGGAUAUUGCUGUGUAUGUUCUUAUUUCUGGUUGACUAUUGAAUUCGUAAUUUCAUGAUUUCAUUCUUAGUCACAAUCCAAAAAGGAAAUCCACGUGGGACUCUAAAUUUCUCUCUCACCUCACAAAUGGAAUCAAUACAGUUUUACAACAUUGUACAUAAAUGGCACCCAAGCAGUUUUCCAUCUGUUUACCAAGUUUACCAAUCAUUUACUCUGUGUUAAACUUGUGGGUUUUCUCACUGUUUUUCUGAGGUAAAUGACUUGUGAGAGAGCCUCAGUGAGAAAUUUUCACCAAAAUCGCAAAAACGUAAAGUCCAAGAAAUCACCAGAAGACAGAUUUUUAAUUUUUUGAAAUCUUAUAUUGUAUUUCCUUUUGAUAUCACUUAUUCAUUUUAAUUUUAUGACUGCCAACUUGUUAUGGUAUUAAUUAUAUGUAUAUGUUUAUAUGUAUGCAUAUAGUAUAUGUAUAUGAAGAAUAAAAUUAAGAUUUGGUCAAACUAUAUUUUCCCAUUCAAGUACAAAAAUGUUUUCAAGGCUGCAGAAAGUGUACAGUUGUCAUACAAGUUGUAAAUAAAGACUUGUAUAAAAAUUCAGCUUAGAUUUUUUUUCUG